AUGGCCAAUAUCCACACGUGUCGCAUGGACAGGGCGACAGGUCCUGUUGAGGGACCCCAGCCCCAGGACCUCACGAGACCUAGACACCUGAGCACAGAUUCCAGUCUGAUGGGCGCCCGAAUCUGCACCCAGAUCGGCGUCCCAGAACCCCAAGAGGCUCUUCGCUUCCACGACCAAGCCAAGGGCGGGCAGGUGCGUCUGGACGCGCAGGGCUGCACGGCCAGCAGGUGCGGCACGUUCCACGAUGGCAUUGUGUUCAGCCAGCGACCCGUGCGACCCGGCAAGUGCGUCGCGUUGCGCGUGCUGCAGCGCGAGGAUGGCUGGUACGGCGGCCUCCGCGUGGGCUUCACGCGCCUGGAUCCCGCAUGCAUCUCCGCCUCCAACCUGCCACCCUUCGUGUGCCCGGACCUGGUGGAGCAGAGCCCCACGUGGGCGGCCAUGCUGCCCGAAGGCAGCGCGCUAGUAGGGGACUUGAUCCGCUUCUGGGUGGACCAUCGGGGGCGGCUGUACGCCAAAAUCAACAGGACCCCGCGAUUCCUGCUGCGCAGGGACGUGCUCCUGGGUGCGCCCCUCUGGGCUGUGAUGGACAUCUACGGGACAACCAAAGCCAUCGAGAUACUGGGUGAGGCGACCGCGGGGACGCAGACAGUUGAGGAUCCCACAGUCAGCUGGUGCCCCACAGCCAUGCCACAGGCCCCGUGGGAGAAGGUGCUGCCUGAGCAAGCAGUCCCACAGGCCGAGGAGUGUGUCAUCUGCUUUCACCACGCCGUCAACAGCUGUCUGGUCCCCUGCGGCCACACACACUUCUGCAGCCACUGUGCCUGGAAGGUCUUCAGGGACACAGCCAAGUGUCCCAUGUGUCGCUGGCAGAUCAAGGAGGUGGCCCCAGCGAGGGCUGUUCCUGUUCCUGGGACCGAGGAAGGCUCGUGAGAGAGAGAAGAAAGCUAGUGCCAACAGCCAGAUGGGCCCAGCUUGAGCAGGGGUACCCUGCAGAGGG